AUGAAGAAAGCUUACGAUGCGAUUAUCGUAGGUGCUGGACAUAAUGGUUUAGUGACUUCGGCAUAUUUAGCUCGGCAAGGUUUACGGGUUCUUGUCUGUGAAAAGCGUCCGGUUAUUGGUGGUGCUGCAUGUACAGAAGAGAUUAUAAAAGAUUUCAAAUUCUCUCGUGCGUCGUAUUUAUUAAGUUUAUUUCGUCCAAAAAUCAUUGAUGAUUUAAAUCUACGCGAGCACGGAUUGAAAUAUUAUUUUCGCGAUCCGAGUUCUUAUACACCCAUCAAACAUCCUGUUAGUCAUGAUCAACGUUCGUUGUUAUUAUCCUCAUCAGAUAAUCAAUUCAAUUUGAAACAAAUCGCCAAGUUUUCCAAGCGAGACGCAGAAAAUUUUAACAAAUACGAAGAAUGGUUACUGAAAAUCUGUCGAGAUAUUGACGAACUUAUUCAUUCGCCUCCACCUGAUCUCGCUCAAAUGAGUAAAAAUAGCAAACGCGCUAAUCGCCUUCAAGCUUACGUAUAUACAACGAAACUCUUUUACAGAACAUUCAACAAACUCGGUUUUAAAGGCUCCACCGAUCUCUAUCAACUAUUAACUUCAUCGGCAACUCGAAUAUUAGACCAAUGGUUCGAAUCUGAUGUUAUCAAAGCAACUUUAGCUACAGAUGGUCUCAUUGGUGCUAUGCUGGGACCAUAUGAUCGAGGAACGGGCUAUAUCCUACUUCACCAUGUCAUGGGCGGUUUAGAUGGGCAGGCUAACGCAUGGUAUUAUGUUCAAGGUGGCAUGGGUGGCAUAAGUAAUGCUAUAGCUUCCUCGGCUCGUUCAGCUGGUGUAGAAAUUCGAACGAAUUGUAGUGUAAAACACAUCGAUGUACGUAAUUCGAAAGUCGAAGGUGUCGUUCUCGACAAUGGAGAAGAAAUCAAAGGCAAACUCGUUGCUUCCAAUGCUACGGCUUAUAUCACAUUUCAAAACUUAAUUUCUGAUGAUAUCAUGAAAUCAAACGAAGAAUUAAGUCACCUGAAGCAACAUGUCUCACAAAUGGAUUAUACUAGUGGAACGACGAAAAUCAAUCUAGCAUUAUCCGGAUUACCAAAUUUCCUAGCAGAUCCGAAUAGAAAACCUAAUGAACUUGAACCUCAUCAUCAAUGCACGAUACAUAUGAACAGCGAAUCGAUAGCUGGCCUGCAGACGGCCUAUCAAGAAGCAUUGGGUGGAAAACCAAGUCAAAAUCCAUUAAUUGAAAUGGUUAUUCCUUCAUCACUCGAUCCAACUAUAGCACCAAAAAACUGCCAUGUAGCUCUAUUGUUCACGCAAUACACGCCCUAUCGUUUACCAAAUGGUAAACAUAUCGAAAUCACAAAUGAAUACAAGGAAAAUUAUUAUCGAAGUGUGAUUAAAUCGAUCGAAGAAUACGCACCUGGCUUCGAAAAACUAAUUAUCGGACGUGACAUGCUCUUUCCCUCUGACUUGGAAGAACAAUUUUCCUUAACAGGUGGAAAUAUCUUUCACGGCGCACUUCCACUUGACCAACUCUAUUCGUUCCGACCGGCGAUAUCAUGUUCUAAUCACCGUACUCCUAUCCACGGACUCUAUCUCUGCGGUAGUUCAACUCAUCCCGGAGGUGGUGUGACGGGUAUGCCAGGAUUUAAUGCAGCAUCAAUCAUACUCAAGGACUGGGUGCAUAAAAAAUAUACAUCGAAAUAG